AUGUCAGGGAGGUCUGCUGUUGCAGCAUCAGGACGGUGGCUGGAUGGUAUUCGAAAAUGGUAUUACAAUGCUGCAGGAUUCAAUAAACUCGGAUUACUGCGGGAUGAUACAAUCUAUGAAGACGAAGAUGUAAAAGAAGCCAUCAGAAGGCUUCCUGAGAACCUUUAUAAUGAGAGGAUGUUUCGCAUAAAAAGAGCCCUGGACCUGACCAUGAGGCAACAGAUCUUGCCUAAAGAACAGUGGACAAAAUACGAGGAGGAUAAAUUCUACCUUGAACCAUAUCUGAAAGAGGUUAUUCGAGAAAGGAAAGAGAGAGAAGAAUGGGCAAAGAAAUAA